AUGCAACCCCCACCGUUCUUAUUAGUUACCAAAAUACAGUGGAAAUAUAAUCCAAAGCUGUAGGUCUCGGAUGCUCCGAUUGCUCUGUCCCUAGGUGGAUGUUCAAAUCUUCAUCCUGGCUCAGAGAGGGCUGACUUUGGCAGAUCUGUUCAAUGGAAUAAUACGUGUAGUUGUGUCUGUAACGUGGUAGCUAUGAUGGAUGAAAGAUUUGGGUGUCCUCUGUUGGCUUGCUUCAGUUCGCUGGCACACAUUGUAUUGACUUGACAGUGUUUACACGCUUGGUCCUACAAUAACAUUGGUCUGCAGCCAUGACGGGUUCCACUGUGGCUCGGGGUAUAACCAGCUGAUCUGUUUGUUCUUUACACACGACCAGCCCUGGUACAUACGUCUGAUUGAUACAGUCCGGAUCAAUGUAUUGACGGACAUGGACAGUCUCUGGUAGGUGUUAGGUACGGAGCCGACUUGUGUCAUCUAUGUCACAUACAAACUUGGAUGUUGUACCUGGGUGUCGCUGUGUCGCGGGGGACUGAGGGCUGUCAGUGAGCGGGACACACACAGUGACAUGUGCUACACAUAUCUGGAUGUGAUUCCCAACACAACACCUGGCUUUCUGUGAGUGUCCUACUGUUGGGAUUUCCCUGCAUGACGUUGCUGCCCCAGGGAUCUCCCCAUCAUAUGCUGGGUUCUGCUAUAUAUACACCACCAGUAUAGGCUGUAAUAACACAGGGAUGUUUUAGCGUGGGUUUUACUACACACAAACGAAGCCACAGAAAUGGAGUGUCUCGCUUACAACCAACAGAAAUUUGCUUCUGUCAUUCAUAACAUCAACAAGGAGCUCAAUGAAAAGGGCUAUAUCCAGGGUACUAAUGCUGAAGAUGAGAACAAGAUUUUAGAGGACCUCAGUCCAGCAUCCGACACAUUCAGAGAUAACCGUCAGCUCGUCACCGAGAUGCGAGGCCACAACUUUGAUGUCAUCCGAUUCGCAACAUACAGGACUGCAUGCAAACUUCGAUUUGUCCAGAAGAAAACUAAUCUUUACCUAGUGGACAUAUGGAAUAUAAUCGAGGCCUUCCGUGAGAAUGGCCUCAACACUCUGGAGCCGGAGUCCGAGCUCAACGGGUCACGGGUGGAGUCAGUAUUGUCAAGUAUAUUCUGUCAUCUGAACAAGCGCCUUCCCUCCCCACAACAAGUCGACAAUGAUCAGUGUAUACAGAUGCUUCUUAGCUGGCUCAUCAACGCUUACGACAGUGCUGGUCGAGGGCGUAUUCGAGUGUUUUGCCUCAAGGUAGCAUUGUCCCAUAUGUGUGCUGGAAAAUUGAUGGACAAGCUACGCUAUAUUUUUACCCAGUUGUCUGACUCUAGCGGAUAUUUGAAUAGACAACGUUUUGAGGAUUACUUAAGGGACCUGUUAACCCUCCCCACAGCUGUUUUUGAGGGGCCGUCUUUUGGCUACAAUGAGAUGGCGUCCCGGGCCUGUUUCGAUGGCAGGUCACCGGUGAAUGUGAAUGACUUUCUGAAUGUGAUGAUGUCGGACCCAGGACCUCAGUGCCUCAUGUGGUUACCUAUACUCAACAGGAUGGCUCAGGUGGAAAAUGUGUUCCAUCCAGUGCAGUGUGAGGGCUGUCACCGAGAGUCCUUUAUGGGGUUCCGUUACAAGUGUCAGCGUUGCUAUAACUACCAGUUGUGCCAAGACUGCUUCUGGAGGGGCCGGACCUCUGGGAACCACAGCAACGACCAUGAUAUGAAAGAGUACACGUCCUAUAAAUCCGCAGCAAAGCAGAUAGGCCACAAUCUGAAGAAGUCUAUAAAAUGUGUGCCCACAAAGGCAAAUCAGAAGAUCCCUCAUUUCCCCGACACUCCGGAGAAAACGAUGGAUCUCUCCUACAUUGUAAAGCUUCCUUUUGAGGAUGUAAUGCGCCUCCUGAAACCUCCUACGCCACAGCCUCCUAGGAAUGGGUUCCACCAGGAGCUUCCACUGACCCAGUCAUCAGAGGUGUCGUCUGUCGAUAGUGGUAUUAGUCCUCGCAGCCCCAGCAAAGCCAACGUGGACACGACGAGAAUAGAUGACGAGCAUCGUCUCAUCGCCAGGUAUGCUGCGCGCCUGGCCGCUGAUGUCACUAAUGCAGCAAGAAGUCCGACAGAGCUCAGCUUCAGUUUGGAUGGCAGCAAGGCCCAAAGGGAGCUCAUCUCUCAACUGGAGGCCAAAAACAGGGAGAUCAUGCGAGAGAUACAGAGAUUGCGACUAGAACAGGAAGCUCAUGCCAAAAGUACUGCCGAUGCUCAAUAUAACCCAACUCUACUGGCUGAGCUACGGUUACUACGGCAACGGAAAGAUGAGCUGGAGAAUCGCAUGCAGGCCCUCCAGGAAAGUCGGAAGGAGCUGAUGCUACAGCUUGAGGGUCUCAUGAAGUUACUCAAGAACCACCCUACCUCACCAAGAUCCACUCCCAAUGAGAGUCCUCGCUCUCAGACAGCCAGCCUCCCCCCUACGACAUACCCUGGGCGGACCAGUGCCCCCACCACGCCUGCCAUGGAGUCCUCCAUGUUGUCUGGGGUAGGUGGGGACGUAAGACAAGCCUUCAGUCAGCCCAGCACUGUCACAAGUGUACGACAUCUCAGGAAUGACCUCCUUGUCGCUGCAGACUCCGUCACCAGUGCCAUGUCCUCCCUCGUCAAGGAACUCAACUCAGAUACAAGUGCAAGUGAUGAAGAAGAAGAUGAUGGACAGAUCAGUGAAGCUGAAGCCAACCUGGUGGUGGCAGACAGCUAUGUGAUGCGGACUCAGGAGGAGCUUGAUAACUGGCAACAGGAAGUACUGCGGAGGCUGGACCAGGAGCAGGACUUCAUCUCACAGCUCCGGGCUCGUAGAGCCAAGAGUGCCAGCAGUAGUCGCAACCAAAGUGAUACAGAAAAUGACAAUUACAUUCCAGAAAACUCGUUCCUCAACAGAACAGACGAUGGAAGUGCCUUAGGUACUGAUGAUGCAGAUUCCUACAUCCGCACGGACGAUGAGAGCUGUAUCCGAACGGAUGACGAGGAUGCAGAGUUAUACGACAACCAUCCAAAGGAGUUACCGGGCCGUAUGACAUCCAGUGCGUACACAACAGACGAGGAGAGUUACCUUCAGUCCGACGCUGACUCCUACAUCCGCACGGACGAUGAGGACGGAGGAAACACUGACUGGGAAGAGUCUAUGAAACGCUGGGUCAAUCGCUGAACUUAUCCUGGUCACCUAGCCAAGGGAAUGGAGCAAUAUAAACAGAAUAGCUUACUCCUUAUCAUAGGGAGAGAAGCAACCAUACAGAACAGCUUACUUCUUAUCAUAGGGAAAGAAGCAAUCAUACAGAACAGCUUACUUAUAUUAUAUGGAGUGAAGCAACCAUACAAAACAGCUUACAUAAUAUUAUAGGGAGUGAAGCAACUAUUUAGAACAGCUUCCACUAUAUCAUAUUUGGAGUGAAAUAAGUAAUAGCUUUCUACUUCAUGUGAUGGGCAAAUACAUAGUUGAAAUUCUCAUGCUGGAUUUUUCACAGUGGAUGAUAUACAUUGGUAGAGAUUCAUCUAGUGGACAGACUUAUAGAGCAAUAUAUCUCAACACAAUUGUUAUGACCUCAUUAUAGGGCUACAAAUAGAACAACAACAACUGAAGGACAUGUGCGACAGAUACAGGUUAUCUCCCUUGUCAGUAGAUGUAAUACAUGGUUAUCUCCCUUGUCAGUAGAUGUGUGGCAGAUACAGGUUAUCUCCCUUGUCAGUAG